AUGGCCAGUCUACAAAGUCGCAGUGAAGACACCGGCUUUGACAAUCUUCUCAUCGGCACCCUUCUCUUUCGGAUAUCCAUUAUCUCGCUGCUUGCCAGCUCUGAACUGUCGCACAAGGAGACUGAGACGUUUCACUGGGUGCAAAUAAAGGGUGCCUCAAAAUUGUUGACGAUCCUCGAAAAGCUAUCGAAGAAGAGAGCAGUGCCGGAGAUCUUGUGGUCGCCCGCGUAG